AUGGAGCGAGAGAGGAGGGAGAAUGUGGAGGGAAAGAGAGUGGGGAGAGCGAGAGAGUCGACGGAGAGAGGGGGAGAGAGAGCGGUGGGGGAGAGAGAGGGGGAAAAGAGUGGGGGGAGAGUGGGAGAGAGAGAGUGGGGAGAAAGAGGAGAGCGAGGGGGAGAACGAGAGAGUGGGGGAGAGUGGAGUGGGGGGAGGGAGAAAGAGAGAGUGGGGAAUAGGGGAGAGAGAGAGCAAACAACAAAAGACACUGGUAAAGGUUUUGAGCUAAUCACGUUUUGUGCCCCUGAUAUCGAAGAGAGGGAGAGUAAGAAUAAGGAAAGAGUGGAGAAACAGGGAGAGAGUGGGAGAAAGAGAGUAGGGAGAGAUGUGGGAGAGAAAGAUAGGGAGGGAGGUGAGGUGGGAGAGAACGAGUAUAGGGAGGGAGAUUGGAGAGAAAGAGUGCAGGGAGGGAAGUGGGAGAGAUGGACUGAGGAGGGUGGGAAAUGGGAGUGA